AUGGCUUUCAUGGCGGUCUUGGAAUCCGACCUCCGUGCUCUCUCCGCCGAAGCUCGCCGUCGUUAUCCCGCUGUUAAAGACGGCGCAGAGCACGCAAUCCUCAAGCUUCGUACAUUAUCAAGUCCUAGUGAAAUUGCACAUAAUGAUGACAUAUUACGAAUCUUUUUGAUGGCGUGUGAGGUUCGAACAAUCAAGCUUAGCAUUAUUGGACUCUCGUGUCUGCAGAAACUGAUUUCUCAUGAUGCCGUUUCUCCAUCUGCUCUGAGGGAGAUUUUAUCUACAUUGAAAGACCAUGCUGAAAUGGGGGACGAGGGUGUUCAGCUAAAGACUCUUCAAACAAUAUCAAUAAUUUUUCAGUCACGUUUACACCCUGAAAAUGAGGAUACUAUGUCUCAAGCUCUUGGUAUCUGUCUCAGGCUUCUUGAAAACAGCCGUUCUUCUGACAGUGUGCGAAAUACUGCUGCAGCUACCUUCAGGCAAGCAGUGGCGUUGGUUUUUGACCGAGUGGUUUUGGCUGAGUCUCUUCCUGCUGGAAAAUUUGGUUAUGGAGGCCAGCUCUCUCGGACUUAUUCAAUUACUGGAGAUGUUAAUCGAAGCAUCAAUAUAUCUGACUCAUUAGAUCAUGAAUCUACAUGUCGAGGGCCUCCUGUGGUGAGGGAAACAUUGACCGAAACUGGAAAACUUGGGCUGCGCUUGCUUGAAGACCUGACAUCUCUUGCUGCAGGUGGAUCUGCAAUUUGGCUGCGCGUAAACAUUAUUCAGAGGACAUUUGCACUUGAUAUUCUUGAGUUCAUUUUGUCCAAUUAUGUGUCUGUUUUCAGAACCUUGUUACCCUAUGAACAGGCUUUACGACGGCAGAUAUGUUCAAUUCUGAUGACUUCACUUCGUACUAAUGCUGAGCUUGAAGGAGAAGCUGGUGAGCCUAGCUUUCGUCGUUUGGUCUUGCGCUCAGUUGCUCAUAUUAUAAGGCUUUAUAGUUCUUCCCUCGUCACAGAAUGUGAGGUUUUUCUCAGUAUGUUACUAAAGGCUACUUUUCUUGAUUUGCCAUUGUGGCAUCGCAUUCUUGUUCUUGAGAUUUUGAGGGGAUUUUGUGUCGAGGCUCGAACGUUGCGGAUUCUUUUCCAAAAUUUUGAUAUGAACCCUAAGAAUACAAAUGUUGUGGAAGGAAUGGUCAAAGCUCUUGCUAGGGUUGUUUCAAACGUACAGGCACAAGAAUCAAUUGAGGAGAGCCUGGCAGCUGUUGCAGGAAUGUUUAGUAGCAAAGCCAAAGGCAUUGAAUGGAGCUUAGAUAAUGAUGCAUCCAAUUCUGCAGUUUUAGUUGCCAGUGAAGCACAUGCCAUAACUUUGGCAGUUGAAGGACUCCUAGGAGUUGUUUUCACUGUUGCAACUUUAACAGAUGAGGCCAUAGAUGUUGGAGAGCUUGAAUCACCUAGAUGUGAUAAUGAUCCACCUGUUAAAUGGACUGGUAAAACUACAGUUCUCUGCCUCUCAAUGGUUGACUCGCUCUGGCUGACAAUACUUGAUGCAUUAUCCCUUAUUCUAUCAAGGUCACAGGGAGAGGCCAUUGUAUUGGAAAUAUUGAAGGGAUAUCAAGCAUUCACUCAGGCUUGUGGGAUUCUUCGGACUGUAGAACCUUUAAACUCAUUUCUUGCAUCCCUUUGCAAAUUCACCAUCAACUUUCCUGUUGAAACUGAAAAAAGGAGCAGUGCUUUGCCGUCUCCUGUAUCAAAACGGUCAGAAAUAGCAGUUGACCAGAGGGAAAGCAUUGUGCUUACGCCCAAGAAUGUACAGGCCCUGAGAACUCUUUUCAACAUUGCUCAUCGAUUGCAUAAUGUUUUGGGUCCAUCCUGGGUUUUGGUUUUGGAAACUUUAGCAGCUUUAGAUCGAGCAAUUCAUUCCCCACAUGCUACUACUCAGGAGGUUUCUACCCCUGUCACAAAGUUUGCAAGGGAGUUAUCAACUCAAUACAGUGACUUCAAUAUACUUUCUUCUUUGAACUCUCAGCUCUUUGAGAGCUCUGCUUUGAUGAAUGUAUCUGCUGUGAAAUCUCUCCUCUCUGCAUUAUGUCAACUUUCACAUCAAUGCAUGCUGGGAAAUUCAAGUGGUUUGGGACCAACAACAACUCAAAAACUUGGAAGUAUCAGCUUUUCAGUGGAGAGAAUGAUAUCCAUCCUUGUGAAUAAUGUUCACAGGAUUGAGCCAUUUUGGGAUCAAGUUGUUAGUCACUUUCUUGAGCUUGCUGAUAAUCCUAAUCCACAUUUGAAAAAUAUGGCACUUGAUGCGCUUGAUCAAUCUAUUUCUGCAGUAUUAGGUUCCAAUCAAUUCCAAAACUACAAACAAUUCAAGCCUCUUCAAACAUCUCAGGAAAAGGAAGCCGAUCUCGAUAAGUUGAUGUCUCUUGAAUGUUCUGUCAUAUCUCCUCUAAAAGCUCUUUAUUUUUCUACCCAAAGUGUAGAUGUCCGUCUUGGAUCUUUGAAAAUUCUUUUGCAUGUCUUAGAGAGAUAUGGAGAAACACUUCAUUACAGCUGGCCGAAUAUACUUGAAAUGUUGAGGUAUGUAGCAGAUGUUUCCGAAAAGGAUCUUGUUACUCUUGGUUUCCAGAACCUACGGGUGAUAAUGAAUGAUGGACUGUCCGCCAUACCUAGAGACUGCCUUCAAGUGUGUGUUGAUGUGACAGGAGCAUACAGUGCUCAAAAGACGGAGUUGAACAUAAGCUUGACGGCGGUUGGACUUUUGUGGACUAUGACUGAUUUCAUUGCAAAGGGCCUUCUCAAUGAACCUUUUGAAGAAAAAGAAACAGGUGCUGGUUCCAUACUGAAGCAGGUAGACAGCGAAAAGAUGGAGGAUCAAGCACCUAGUUUUCCCAAUAAUGCUAGAGAUCGGCCUUCUUAUAUAGACGGUGUUGAUUAUGAGAAGCUUUUAUUCUCUGUUUUCUCAUUACUUCAAAACCUUGGGGCAGAUGAGAGACCAGAGGUAAGAAAUUCUGCUGUUCGAACACUUUUCCAAACAUUAGGAACUCAUGGGCAAAAGCUUUCAAAGAGUAUGUGGGAAGAUUGUCUUUGGAAUUAUGUAUUUCCUACAUUAGACCGUGCUUCUUUCAUGGUUGCUACUUCAUCAAAAGACGAAUGGCAAGGGAAAGAACUCGGAACUCGAGGAGGAAAAGCGGUUCACAUGCUCAUACAUCAUAGCCGUAACACUGCUCAGAAGCAGUGGGAUGAAACCCUUGUGCUUGUUCUUGGUGGAAUAGCACGUAUAUUACGUUUGUUCUUUCCUUUUUUCACAAGCUUAAGUAACUUUUGGUCAGGCUGGGAAUCAUUGCUUCAGUUUGUGGAAAAUAGCAUUUUAAAUGGUAGCAAAGAAGUAGCACUUGCUGCAAUUAAUUGUUUGCAGACAAAUGUUAACUCCCAUUCUUUGAAGGGAAAUAUGCCUAUGCGUUACCUUAUUUCAGUGGUCGAUGUUUACGAGCAUGUUCUGAAAAAGCCAUCCAGUUACAGUGACAAGGUGAAGCAGGAGAUUCUGCAUGGUCUUGGAGAGAUUUAUGUCCAGGCUCAAGGAUCGUUUGACGAUGUCAUAUACACACAGAUGCUAGCAAUCAUAGAUUUGGCUGUGAAGCAAGCCAUGAUAACAAAUGAUAACUUUGAAAUGGAAUUCGGUAAUGUCCCACCUGUGCUACGGACUGUAUUGGAAAUCUUACCGCUGUUAGGCCCAACUGAACACAUUUCUUCCAUGUGGCCUGUUUUUCUUCGAGAGUUUCUGCAGUAUCUUCCUAGACAGGAUACCCAUUUACUGAAUGACGAUGGAAAAAUAGAUCGAGCAAGAGAUUCUUCGGUGAACAAUCAACCACCUAAUGGCUCUAUUCCAAUAUCACGUGAUAUAGUAGCAGCGUCUCCGGAUUCUGGGUUAACUGCAGCUAUAAAUGCAGUCAUUCCUAGUUAUAUAUUUGCAGAAAAGCUAGUUCCUGUACUGGUAGAUCUAUUCCUGCAGGCACCUACAGCUGAAAAGUAUAUGGUAUACCCUGAAGUUAUUCAAAGCCUGGGAAGAUGUAUGACAACAAGACGAGACAAUCCAGAUAGUGCACUUUGGAGGUUAGCAGUUGAAGCAUUCAAUCGUGUUCUUGUUGACUAUGUAACCAAAUCAACAAAAGGUGGUCCACAGUCGGGCAUUACUAAACCUGUCAGAACACGAAUAUGGAAAGAAAUUGCUGAUGUUUAUGAAAUAUUCCUUGUUGGAUACUGUGGACGAGCUCUUUCUUCAAAUUCUCUCUCGGCAGUGGCGUUAGAGGCUGAUGAGUCCCUUGAGAUGACUAUCUUGGAAACUCUUGGUGACACUGUCCUCAAAUUGCCAAUUGACACCCCUGCGGAUGUUGUGGAGCGACUGGUCUCCACGUUGGACCGUUGUGCAUCACGCACAUGCUCUUUACCUGUUGAGACUGUAGAGCUGAUGCCUCCACACUGCAGCAGAUUUUCCUUGACUUGUUUGCAGAAGUUAUUUUCUUUGAGCAGUUAUUCUAAUGAAAUCAAUUGGAAUAUGACGAGAUCUGAAGUCAGCAAAAUCUCAAUUAUGGUGCUUAUGAACAGAUGUGAAUACAUCUUGAGCAGGUUUCUGACAGAUGAAAAAGGCUUGGGAGAGUAUCCAUUACCUAAAGCAAGACUUGAAGAAAUUAAUUAUGUCCUCCAAGAACUGGCAGGUCUUCUAAUUCAUCCAGAUGUAGCAUCCAUCCUCCCCUUACACCCAUGUAUGAGAACUGACCUAGUAGAGGACAAGGAGAAGCACGGGAGCCGUUCCCAUCUGUUUGUGUUAUUACCUUCCUUUUGUGAGCUUGUUACAUCAAGAGAAUUAAGAAUACGGGAGCUGGUGCAAGUACUACUUCAAUUAGUCACCAAAGAAUUGUGUCUGGAAAAGCUCAGCUUAGCAUGUGAAAAAUACACAACAUCCAGAUAA